GUCGAUCCUCGACCGUUCAACAAAUCGCAUUUGCAACGACUAGAAGAUGGCUCCGAUCAAAGGCGUGAAACGAAAGAUGGGCCACCCUGCUGUCACGGCCUCCUCUGCCGCUGAGGUCGCAUUGACGAGAGACACGCACAACCAUAGCAUGGAGCUUGCGCCGGGCUCCACCAGUAACAUGGUACAGGCGCACUUGACCGAGGCACGUAAGGCGGAGAUAAUAGAUGUUAUUCAAUCUGAGCUGAGGGAUCGUAUCGGAAAGCUUCGAGCAUAUUACUCGUUGCUUGGAUCAACCUUCAGGUUACGAGGACAAAUGCGAUUAAAUGCUAUUCCCAGGUCUGUCAGGAUGCUUCCACUGAGGGACUACAUCGGUGUGGAUCUUGAGACAGAGCCUAAGGCCCUUGCGGAGCAGGCAGCGAAGACGAUUGACACCGGCAAGAAAGAGAAUGUCGACCCCUUCAAGGCGUCAAUUUCUUCAUCUGGCGCAACGAAAGCUCACGUGAGCCUUCAACCACCUUCUCCACACAUGUCUCCUCCGCGAACCCAUCAAAUCCCACCCGAGACGUCGCCCUCAAAAAUCCCUCGUCUAUCGCCGCAAAAGCAUUCAGCACCUACAUCCAACUCAUCAACGACUGGCCCAGUAAAGAAGAAACUGGCGACAACCCGGGCCAAGGCUGCCGCUGCGUUAUCGUCGAAGAGGAAGGCCGCGGAGGACGAUUUAGCCGAGAACAAGGAAGAAAAGCGGUCACCAAAGAAAGGGAGAAGACCUUUGAGAGCCAAGAAGGCAGUGAGUUACGAGGAAUAAGUCGCACAACGAGUGACUGAAGGUUACGGUCUGACAGGUCAUGCUCGACAGCGCGACGUUGUGAUCAACUGUAACAAAUGACCUUUACACGGACAGUGCACCUGGGUACAU